GCGGCUCCGCUCGUGGGUGUCCUAGGCUCGGGUCCCGGAAGUGGGCUCGCGUCCUUCAUUCCUGGCCCCGGGCCCCCGCGACUGUCGCCACGGUGGCGGCCACUACAUCUCGCCCCACGUCGGCGGAACUAAGCGCCGUAGUGUCGCCGAGCCCCGAGCCCAUGACAGGCCAGGGCCAGUCGGCGGCCGGGUCGGCGGCGUGGAACGCGGUGUUCCGCCACGUCCGGUAUGAGAACCUGGUGGCUGGUGUGAGCGGCGGGGUCUUGUCCAACCUGGCGCUGCACCCGCUGGACCUCGUGAAGAUCCGCUUCGCCGUGAGCGAUGGACUGGAAGUAAGACCAAAAUAUAAAGGAAUUCUACAUUGCUUGACUACCAUUUGGAAAGUUGAAGGACUGCGAGGACUUUAUCAAGGAGUAACCCCAAAUGUGUGGGGUGCAGGUUUAUCCUGGGGACUCUACUUUUUCUUUUACAAUGCCAUCAAGUCAUAUAAGACAGAGGGAAGAGCUGAACAGUUAGAGCCACUAGAAUACCUGGUUUCAGCUGCUGAAGCUGGAGCCAUGACUCUCUGCAUUACAAACCCAUUAUGGGUGACGAAAACUCGACUUAUGUUACAGUAUGGUGGUGUUAUUAACCCCUCACAGAGACAGUAUAAAGGAAUGUUUGAUGCACUUGUGAAAAUAUACAAAUACGAAGGUGUACGUGGAUUGUACAAGGGAUUUGUCCCUGGGCUGUUUGGAACAUCACACGGCGCCCUGCAGUUCAUGGCAUAUGAGCUGCUGAAGUUGAAGUAUAACAAACACAUCAACAGAUUACCAGAAGCCCAGCUGAGCACAGCAGAAUAUAUCUCUGUUGCAGCGCUAUCCAAAAUAUUUGCUGUAGCAGCAACAUACCCGUAUCAAGUUGUGCGAGCCCGUCUUCAGGACCAGCAUGUGUCUUACGGUGGCGUGAUGGAUGUAAUCAUAAAGACGUGGAGGAAAGAAGGUAUCGGUGGAUUUUACAAAGGCAUCGCUCCCAAUUUAAUUAGAGUGACUCCAGCCUGCUGUAUCACCUUUGUGAUUUAUGAAAAUGUCUCACACUUGUUGUAUGGCCUUAGAGAAAAGUAAGCUAAAAGAAGAUUCCAGUGCAUCUGCUUGAGGUGGCUGCAGACUCCUUUGUGUUUGAAACACAGAACUCAGAGACCACAGAGCAGCACAGCUUAUGCCCAGCAUUUGUCUGUAUUCGAAGUCAGAAGAUGGAAAACCUUGUUUUCUGCCCUGUGCUGCUUCUCAGUGUGUGGGGGGGCUUGGCUGCCUCUGUCUGCAGGGGAUGCCAUCAUCAUAGUGUUGAGACGGAUAGCCAGUGUAAGGAUGUAUGUACAAGAUCUUCCAUUUCCUUCUUCAUGUAGAAGAUAAUU